AUGGUUUCGGCCCCGACAUGUGCACGCAAACGAACGCUAGACUUUAGCUGCAAAUAUCGGAACCUGGAUAAAUUUUCAACGGAUGUGGAACACUUUUUGGAAGAGUACGAUCGCGUAGUGCAACAUUCGGUAGCGUACCACAGAAGCUUUCGGCGUCAUCUACAGCAUCUGUACGACGAUGUUACAGCAUUGCUGCAAAAAUUCCAACACAUUCAAUCCGGUGGCACGAAAGGGCAGCUGUUCAUGGAAAAGUUUUGCUGUGGAGUUAUGUUUGAUGACUGUGAGGAGCUUAAACGGCACUACUUUGAAUUCCACAACUUUGCACGGCUCAUCCAUCCGAGCAUAGUGGAGCUUCGUUCGGGCCAUGGCAAACUUCAAUACUUUCAUCGCCGCGUGCAGGAGUAUCUACACUUCGCUACAGAAUCUACUACUGUUUUGGUGAUGAAUUUGAAGAAGAUUGCCAACAACUUGUACACCACGUUGGAACGUGGUCCCAAGUGGUAG